UUUUAACUAAAUGAAUAAUGAGUGAGGAAUUUCAGUAUCAUUCAAAACAAUGCUGGCAAGUUAAGGAAAGUAAGACAACUUUGCUUCCUUAAUAUCGUCAUAAAGAAACCAAUGAGAGUAAUUCCUUCUCUUAUGCCUUAAUUAUAUGACACCUCCUGGUGAAGUUUAGAGGGAUAUUUCAAAGAUAUCAAUUGUGAGUUCUAUUUCGCAGUAUUUAAAUUCAAGUUUAUUCUAUUAAUUGGCUAAAGAUGUAUAAAGGAGCAAAGUCAUUUUUCACACAAAUUAAAAAUGAAAAAGAGAUCAGUAGUAAAAGGAAAACCCAAGGAUAAAAAGAGCGGAAAAGUACGUAAACAUUUCUUUACCUCCUCUACUCGUAAAGAAAUCAAAGAAGAGAGUAACUCAUCUUUGCCAUUGAAGCUUCAUGGAUAUCGAAAAGAAUUUCGCAGUGGUUUUCCCAAUAUGGAAUCGCUACAAUCUGCGCUAGUCAUCUCCUCUAUAAGCCCCCUGCCACAGAAGAAAUUGGGGACCUUGCACUCAUCUAUUCCAAAGCACGCAUCUCUUCCUAAACAAAAUGCGAAGAAUUGUUCAUCAAAUGCCAAAGAGAAGGGAACUUUGGUGGACCAAACUCCUAAUAAAGGUUCAAAAAUAAAGCAUGAAGAGGAAAAGGAAGGUUGUCUUCAGAGAGAAGAGGAGAAACAACCAGAGGAAAUCCCAAAAUACCAACCGGUCAGCCGAGGAGUAUUAUGUAGAGAUCCAUUCUGUCUCAAGGAGAUACUAAAAAGCGAAAUUUGCUGUCAACAGGAAGAAAUCUCAGAGCGAGUAAUCGAGCAUGCAGAGACAGGUGAUGAGUCAAAGAUAGAUGAGCUCGAAAAACUUGAGCUGGAAAGAGUCGAUGAUCUGGAGAUGUAUGACAAUAGUGGCAAGUUCUACGAAGAUUGUGGAAAAUAUCAUGAAGGGGACAUUGAAGGAUAUUAUCAGGAAAUAGCUGAGGCUCAAGCAGAAGGAGCUCCAGAGCUCCAACUUGACAUGAGCAGAGAAUCAUGUAGUCAUUCUAUGCAUUUGAAAGAGACAAUUAGAAAAUGCCUUGUUGCUUUGCAGCGGGAAAUCUUCGAGUUAGUAUACUCACAUGAAGAGGUAGCCCAUGGUACAAGGAAAGCUGAGGUAGAUGCACUUGAGCACCAAAGAAACUAUUUUUUGAAGAUUCUGGGUGAUGUUGUCAUGACGUGCAAAGGUAAUGCAUCAGUUUUCUCAUUGAGGCUAGACUAAUUUCUAUAAUUUAAGAGCAAUAAUUAUUUU